CCAUUAUCAUCCAAACUUAAAAACCUCAAAAAAAAAAAAUCCAAUUUAUCGAUUCAUUUUCAUAGUGAAUCAAAAUCAAAAACCUUAAAAUCAUUAUUACUUUAAAAAACCCAGGAAAAAAAAGCUUAGCAAACAACAAUGGUGAAACACCUUAGCGAGAAAUCUGCGGUUGAAACGAGCGAUUCAAGGUUCAAAGGUGUACGUAAGCGAAAAUGGGGGAAAUGGGUAUCUGAAAUCAGGCUACCAAACUGUAGAGAAAGGAUUUGGUUAGGUUCUUAUGACACCGCCGAGAAAGCGGCGCGUGCAUUCGACGCCGCUCUUUUUUGCUUACGCGGCCGUUCUGCUAAAUUCAAUUUCCCUGAUAACCCACCCGAGAUAGCCGGCGGUACGUCUUUAUCUCCCCAUGAAAUCCAAGCCGCCGCAGCGAGGUUCGCGAACUCGGAGCCUUCGACGAUCCAUUCGGAGCAAACUGAUUCUGCGUUCCAAAUGGAGUCACCGUCGCCGUCAGUUUCGGACGCGACGGUACAAUUCGACGGGUCGGCUAUGGAUCUAUUGACGAUGGGUUCGGGUAAUGGUGUUUCGGAUUAUGGGAUUUUCCCUGGAUUUGAUGAUUUUUCAAGUGAUGUUUUGGGAUCAUCGAUGCUUAACAUUGGUGGUGAAGAUGAAAAUUUUGAUGGGAUUUUGAUUCCGGGAUCAUUUCUUUGGAAUUUUUAGAACGGAUCAACUUAAAUCCGGGGAUUUUUAGUAUCCGGAUUUGGACCCGGAUAUUUGGAUGGGUCAAAUUUUUUUCACGGCUCAUUCUUUUUUUUUUUAUUAAAGAAAACAAAACAAAAUAAAAAUCAACUAUUAAUUAAUUUGUAGAGAAGAAUGUAAAGUAAAGCAUUGUAGACUUUUUGGGUAAUUUUUUGUAAUAAUUGAUUUUUUUAGUGUCAACGUUAAAUAUAUUUUAAAUAGUUAUUUUAUGGAAA